AAAUAUAAAAUCUAAACAGUGUUAUCACGGGGAGAGGGUGGGGAGUUGAUGAGAAAAUUGAUUUCAUGAAUGAAGCACUAUCAGGGCAAAAAGCCUCUCUCACUCUCUCUGAAUUGUUUUUCCAGGGUUCACCUCUAUUCUUGAAAAUUUUGUGAAUUUCAAGUGCGUGCGUUGACAAGAUAAUCCUCUUUUGCUUCGCAAUGAACUUUCGCCACCAUUUCUGUGUGUGUGCGUUAUGCGGUGAAACUUGAGAAAAUCCUCCUUGCGCAGCUUUGAUCCAUCCGCGCCCGUAUAUUGGGGGUGUUGCAUAAAAGUUCACAAAUUCUUUAACAUGCGACAAUGUUCUCCUCUUGCGCCUCCCAUUGACUAUGUGUACUCGUAUGUAUGUAUGUUGCCUUCAGAAGAUUUUCUCACGAAUCUCACGGAUUGCAGGUAGAGAAGAAAAAAAAACGAAGAAGAAAAAAUAUCAUCACUCCGAUGUAAUUGUUUUACAAUCAUUGCAAACUUUUUUUUUCGAGAAAGCAAAGAAGGAAAAAAAUGUAAAAAAAAGAGAAUAUAACUAAGCGAACUGAGCGCAACAUAUAGCAGAAACAACUGUCCAAUGUUUAAUUGUAAAAAAAAUGAAGAAGCAGUAAAUAGAAGUGGAGAAAAAAAUCUCUCACUGUCUCAGAUUCUAUCUCUCUUUUUUUCUCCUUUUCUUAUAAAUGUGCCUCUCUCCUCAAGAAAUUGGAUAAAUAUACAUCGAGUACGAAUAUAUAAAUUAUAAUUCAGCUCAACUUUUCAACAAUAUAAACCGUGUGAGAAGAGUUACGAGGCAGAGUGACUUCUCAUUACAAUAUUCAAGCCCAGGAACACGGGCAGAAGCACGAUAAAAACACACCAAGAAGUACGGCGCGUCUCCCUCCUUCUUUUGGCAUUAAAUUUAAAAUACACAAGCUACCCAUUUGUCUGGUGUAUCAAGAAAACUACCUUCAACUACCUUCUUUUUAUUUCGUCCAAUACAAGUACUCUUUUUAACAUCCAUAUCUAUGUGUCAGGAAAAUUUGAGAAAACUUUACGCGAAUAUUGCAAAGCAAAACGUAAUAAAAAAAAGUUCCUUUUUAUGGGUAACUUUCAAAAUAAUCUAUAUAAUAAUAUCUUAAUAUAAAAUCAUUGGCUACAUGGAUCCGGAAGGAAUCCAACAGCCGUACAAAUUUAAAAAUGGAGAAGAAGAAUAUAUAAUCAUAUUACGGUAUUCACUUUUGGGUGAUAAAAUAGUAAAAUAGUCAAAGAAAGAUUUUUUUCAGUUUAGAAUUAAAAUCCUUAAAUUAUAUCUGAGAUUGUGAACAUGGUCUUAAAAAGAUUGUUUUAAAGGUAACCCUACGAAAAAAUGUAACAAAAGGUUCUUAAUUAAAUUUUUAAAAAAAGUUCUGAAUCAAAUUUUAAAAAAUUACCUAAUAUCUUGUAAUAUAAUUUCAUAUUAUGAUUUUAUGUGAUAAAUAACAUUUACCUUAUGAUUUUGCUUAAUGCAAUUAUGUCUUUUACAUUUCCAUUUAGCAUAGAAAACGUAAAUUUUUAUUUAUUUUGAUCAGUAGACUGAUAAAGAUAAAACGUAAGGAAAAUUUUACUAAAGAAGUUUAGUCAGACCAUUAGGAGUUAGUCCCCAAAGAGGUAACCUUUAAUCUUAGACACAUUUUGCAAUAACUUCCUAACUUUACAAAUUAAUGACUGUAAAAAUCUUGAAUGGAACUUAUUCCAUACAGUUUGAAAGUGAUUUAAGUUAAAAAAAUCAAUUCUUAAAUUCUUCCUAAAAUUGACAACACUUUAGAAAAACCUUCCACAUUGGGAAAAUGGGGAAAAUCUUACUAAAAAAAAGCUAAUGCUUGAGAGUUUAGUAAACUCUCUCUUCUCCAAAAGAAAUAAAAAAAAGAAAAUAGUUGAGAAAAAAAAAGAAAACUCGUGCCCGCCGAAAAAGUUUUCUCCGCUGUGCUCGUGUAUUGGGGGCUCUUUUGGGGUUGUAUGAGUUGAUUUUUGAUAUAUAAAUAUAAAUUAUUUAAAAAUAGACACCAUCUAUAUAUAAUUUUCUUCGACUACACGACGGUAGCGAGGGGGCAAAGAAUCGUCUUGAGUCGUCGUACGUUGGAGUCUUGGCGUGCGCACGCGCAAAACGUCAGGCUUUACCCCAAAAGUGAAAUGCUGCUGAAAUUCUCAUAUAGAGAACAUCUUCUAACCACAGUUAAGUUUCACCUCAAACGCAUCACACAUCGCCUUCCAAAAGUUCACGCAUUCUGGUUCUUUUUUUUUUACCUCUCUAAAGGGGGGAACUUGGUUGUUGAGUAAUUUCUUGUGUGGGUAAAGAAAAAAAUAAAUUUGUUUUAAGAAUUAUAGUUGAGAAGAUCCAUCAUCAUAGGUGAUUUUUGAGAAGGUUUUAAAGUUUUAAAAAAAUCCAACAUUUACUGCCUCACCCUUGAUUCCUCUUGGUGAUGUUUGUAGGCUUGUAGAGAACAAUCUUGUGGUGUGCUGAUGAUUCUUCCGACAGACACCUACUAUUGAAACGGAAAAUCCGUUUUGAAAAUAUUUUCUUUGAGAAAAUUAUAUAUUCUUCCUCACCUCCCACAAUUUGAAUUCUUAAACAUUUACUCAUCCCCACAGAUGAACGGUUAGAAAUUUCACUCAAAGAGAUACCAAAAGAAAAUUGCAAAGGGAAAAAGAAUAAUCACUCGAGUGCCAAGUCGUGUGGAUUAAUCAUUAAUUGUGUACACCUCUUUAGUGUGAGAUGAAGUGUUCAAUAGUGGCGCAAAGACUACAUCAUUUCCUGCAUUGCGACACCGCACAAACGGAUGAAACUGUAGCUAAUAUAGAGUGUAGAUUAGUUGUGGAGUUUGUAGUGAAUUGGUAAGAAAUCCAAGAAAAAGCUCUUUCCCAACAUUAUUCGAUCCCUGUCGCUGCAAAAGAAAAGACAAGAAAAAUAGAAAAAGAAAAGUGCUAAAAAACUUAAGAAAAAAAAAGUGUGGAGGCUUUUAAAUUUUUGUGCCGGUUACAUUUGAAAUGUGAUUUGUCUUCUAACAAUGAAAAGCCGAGGAAACUGUGCAGAAGAGCGGCGACAAAUCACGUACUACAAGUGUGAACGAGCAUCCGUAGACGAUCUAUUGUGCCGGGGUGCCCCGUAGGCUAGAGCAGACAAGCCCCCGCCCGGUGACUGGGGACGCCAUGAAUGUGCGCGUCCUGCGCAAAUGGUGUCUCAUGAGAACUCUAAUGUACCUGUGGAUUGUGGCCUGCACACUACUAAUGAUGGUUGUUACGUGUGAGGCUGCUUCCGCCAUGCACAUCACACCGAGUUUCAUUAGUCCUGCAAGGAAUUCCACAUCCCACCACCGGUGGGCGCCACUAGUCACCCACCAGCGCCCCCAUGUUGAUUUUGUCACACAACCAGAGCAGAAACUUCCACGCCAGGAACGCAUUUUUCCCGAUAGGGGGAUGCAUGGGCAAAUACUGCUGCAACGCAUCAUUGCAGCAGCACGAAGAACACCGAGUAUGCCGCAAUGGAUGAGAACACAUCAGCGGCCAAGACUGAAAGUCGGCGUCCAUGAUGAGGCGUCAUCUAGUUACCUCAUGCGUGCCCCCUAUGGGCGAAAUAGGCGCGAGUCACGCUACAGGCCCAAAGGGCGUCAGCGUAGGUAUUGCUCAGCUCGCGACCCAACGGCCUUAGCAUUUGAGGCACCCACAGUAUUUGAGGGUAAAGUGCGUUCCAUGAGCUCCGAUAGGCGCGCCAACUUCUCAGCCACGUUCGAAGUCAAGGAUAUCCACAAGAAUCAGUCGCCCUUUAAGUUGCCAUCAAUGGUACGGCUGCAAUUCACAUUCGGGAAUACCAGUGAGUGUGACAUCUAUCGGGAAAAAUUUCGUCCGCGUGGCAAUGUGCGCGAUGAACUGGAGCAGGGGAAGGUGUACUUUCUUUUUCUCAAGCAAAUCACCUUGGGGAAUUUCACAAUCAUCGGACAGCCCAUCAAGAAGACCAAGAAGACACUCCAAGAGGUCAAAACUGGAGCUAGCGAAAAAUAUGGACAGCGCGCCUCCAUUGAAUUUCUCACGGAAAAUCUUCCCGUGCGAGAGGGCAAGAAAGUCCGUUUGAUAUGCAGAGUGAAAGGUCAACCGCCACCGAAAAUCACAUGGUACAAAGAUGGGAGUUCCAUUAAAAGAAAUCGUACCAGAUAUACUUUUUCUCACUUUAAGAGAAGAUCAAUCCUAAUCAUUGAGUCGGUAGGAAAGAACGACACGGGACAAUAUGAAUGUCGCGCUAAGAAUAAAUUGGCGAAACAACCUGUUACACGAACAAUGUUCUUGAGAGUCGAUGACCAGCCAGAUCAAAAUUGGGAGAAUUGCCCAUUGGAGGGUACGGAGUAUUGCUUAAAUGGUGGCACCUGUCUGUACUUUAGUGCUGUGGAAGAGCCAGCUUGUCAAUGUCCUGAAGGCUUUAUGGGGAAUCGCUGUGAGACGAAAAACCCAACAAAUCCCCAAACGAGUCAGGAUCACCGGUUUUCCUUUCUAAUGGGACCUGCGCCACCCUCUUCCACCAACUUCGAUGACGACGAGGAAGACUUUUCUGAAUAAAUAAAGCUCUCUCUCUCAAAAAUAAGAAACACAUUGCCACAAUUUUCUUUUAUAGCAGCAGUGGUUAAAUUUUCUUUUAAAGAAAAAAAACUCGGAGAAUUUAAUUAAUACCUACCUUAAAAAAAUGAAAUUGUUGGGGUAUGUUUGUUGUAAAUUCAACUGUUGAGUUUGAAAAAGGGCAUGACUUGGGGAAAGAUUUGCAGAAUUUUUUAAAAAGUAUUUUACGUUUAUUCUUGAGAGCAAAAGAAAAUUAAAAUUACAUUAACCCGUAAAACAAAAUUAAAAUUCCGAAUAUUAAAUUUUCAAGUACAUAAUUAAACAUAAAAUUAUCGAUGAAAAUAAAACAAAAAGAAUUUCAAAUGAAAUUUCGAUUCUCUUUAUAUAAUAUUCAUCAGGACACCUUAACAAUUAAAAAGAUUAAUUUUUAAUUACCGAUUCAAUCAAACUCCUGUCAAUAAAACAA